AGCUCUUGAGUUGAGAUGGGCGCUCGCGACGCGGUGAAAUGUCUGCAGUUGAUAGCGCGUAAAGACACUUCAAACAUGAACACGGAUCUAUUUUGGCAAAGGACCGUAUCGUCGCGAUCCUCUCGCAGUGGAAUUGAGGUUUGAACCUUUGUUGCGAUCGAGACGAGCAGGGUCUCAUCCAUUGGCUGUGCGCAAAGUUACUUCGGGUGACAACCGCUGCCUUACAUAUGUAACAAUUGACCACGUGCACAUGUAAACACGGCUAGAUUUGUGCAGAAACCAUGGUCAAAACAUGAAGUUUGACUGGUGCAUACAUAUGCCAUAGGAGGGAUUUGUUAACAAGGUAGUCCCCCCAAAUUGUAAGGUUUAAAAUAGUCUAAACUGAUUGUGAUAUCUCAUUCGCACCGUGCAUGUGUAACUGAACACUUUAAAACCAUGGCGGAAUCGGUGAAGACCUUUCGAGUGCACCUGACCGCUGUCAUGGAUAGUUUGGUUCGCGCAUCAGUGUGCGAGAUCACCAAACUCUUUCAGGACACGGUGAACGACUACCUGGUGGAAAUAUCACUGAACAGAAAAGAGAACGAAGCUCUGAAAUUGCGCUUGAGGCUGACUGAGAAUAAACUGAGGAAUGAACGCAAAUAUGGCAUGGGCUGGGCGGCCAGUCGACGCGCCGCUGCUCUGCUUGGCACGGACGACACCGGGCGCAAAACGCGCAAAGUGGAUCUCCAAAGAGGAAAGCAGGGUAAGGAGUGGAGUGCUGCUGCGUGGGAGGAGGGGACUGGAGGAGUGAGGGAUGAGAGGAGGGGCGUGUUCCGUGCCCAUCUGCCAACUGGAGAAGGAGGUGGAGGGGGGGAGAGGAAGGAGGCGGCCAGUAUUAAAGAGGAGGUGACCAACCAAUCAGAUGUGGAAAGCUACAGACCAGACUCCCUGAGGCUGUUGCAAGAGGCCCUACAGAUGAACCAAAGUGAAACCAGCCCUACCCACGGAGAAAUGGGCUCUGUCUCUACUGGUCCUGAAUCAGCUGCUGCUGAAGUGUGGGAGGAGCAGCUUCCCAUGCCAGAAGAUUCAAUGGCCAAAGAUGAUGAGCUCAACGGACUUGAGACUGCCCUUAAGGCAGAGCGUGAACGGGAGGAGGCGGACUCAUGCAUGGGCAGCCCCUCUAAUGAGGUGUGUGGAACUGAUAGUGUGGCGUUCAUUGGACUAGACGGUCUGUGCAGCUCUAAGCGGGGUGUGUCGUCAUCAUCAUCAUCAUCAUCAUCAUCACAUAGAACCGACCCCACUGAACUACAACUCCCAUCAGCCCCUAUGAACAAGGAGGAGGAGUCUGGAGGAGAGGGUGGUGACAUCCUGCAUUUCUGCUCAAGCUGUGGCAGCGGCUUCAAUUCCGCCUCUGACCUGGCAGAGCACUCUUGCCCUGUGAUAGAGGAGCGGCCCUAUCAGUGCUCUGUGUGUGAGAAAGUGUUCAGCCACGCCUGGAGCCUUAAGAGCCAUGAAUGUGGGCAGAUAGGAGAGCAGCCGCACCGCUGCGAACUCUGUGGCAAGCGAUUCACACACUCACGGUCCCUCGAGCGCCAUCAAUUGGUUCAUACAGGCGAGCGCCCCCACAGAUGCCCGCAGUGUGGCCGCAGCUUCAGUCGUCUUGGAAAUCUGGAGAGGCACCAGCGCAUCCACACAGGCGAAAGGCCUUAUGAGUGCGGGGCGUGUGGGAAACGAUUCAGUCGAGUGGAAUACCUGAAACGGCAUCAGCAGAUCCAUAUUGGAGAAAGAGCCGAACAGAACUCCCAUAACUGCUCUCAGUGCAACCAGACCUUCAGCGAUACUGAGCAGUUCAAGCAGCAUCAGUGUUCUCAUAAUACUUGAUGUUAUUCAGUGUACGGUCUCUCAUCCAUUCAUGUGAUGCACUUUUAAAUCCUGCCCAUAGAUAAUACUAGACCUCAAAGUAGUUCACCCAAAAAUAAUUUACUCUCUUAAUCUCAUUUCGUUCAAAACCUGUAUGCUGUUUUUUUACACUGUAGAACACAAAUGGAGAAUUUUUGAAAUAUUCUCACAUAAAAGUAGACUUGUACGCUACAUUCAAGUCAUACUAUAGCUUUGAUUGAGAAACAGACCGAUUGUAAGUUAUUAUAAGAUAUGUGAGAACGUAUGGUGUUUGAUGUGAAACCUAGUGCAACAAACUAUAUAAAUAUUUUUUUAACUGAAUGUGAAUGCAAAUAUUAUUUUAGAGAUUUCUAGAGUUCAUGUGAAAAUUCCAGUCUGUUUCUCACAUAAAGCAAUCAUAUGGCUUCAGAAGACUCUGAAAAUAAUGCAAGAGUCGUACUUAGCUGGUGCUUUGAUUUUAUUAUUAUUAUUAUUAUUUUAUUAAAAAAUGUUGGAGCUUGACAAAAUAUGGUCACUUUGAACUGCCCUUGAAUGAAAAAGAGCAUCAUAAGGAAUGAAAGUAAAAGUUCUCCUAGAAUAAAAAUAAAAUUCUGUAACAAUAUGAGGGUGAGUUAAUAAUUUUAAUACUUUACAUUUUAAUAAUAAAACAUAUAUAAAUUAGCAGAAUUUUCAGUUUUGGUUAAACUUUUCCCUUAAAUAGUCAGACUGGCUCUCAUAAGACUUUCUUCAUAAAACAAUUGUAAUACUAUUAUUGUUAACAAACUAUACUCAAAUAAUUGGUAAGCAUCACAUGCCUCUUACCAGCUUAAACAAUCCCAAACAUGAUCUGAUACAUAUAAUGCCAAAAUGAACACAAAUCCUUAGCUUUCAAAGCAAAGCAUGCUUAAUCCAGUGCAAUGAUUAGGAUAUUUCAAAGCAGAGCUAGAACCACCUAAAUAAGUUAUAGUAUAAUUACUAAUCAUUAGAAACCAUUUACUUAUUAUGCACAAUUUUCACUUAUAUUUUUUAUUGUGCAGUUUAAAAAGCUCCUCCGCUCAAACUCCAAGAAUGUGUAAAUGCAAAUAACUCUAUUUUUGUUAUGUCAGGCUACCUAUAACAGGUUGUGAAAUAUUUUGUAAAUAAAAAUGUAUUGAAGCCCAUUGUUUCUUUUUAAUAGCAAACAGUUUAUAACAUUUAUGCAUACAAUCUUAAGUAUUAUUCUUAAAGAAACCACAUUGUUUUUAAUAAUAUUCUCUCAAAAUAAGUGACAUAUGUGUUGUGAUGUAUUAGUAGUAUUUCUUUAGGUCUUGUCAUUAAAAUGGGUAUUUUUCCAUGUUAUUGUCUUGUUUCUUACCGAAUGGAACAGUAUGGUAAAUAUGAAUAAAUACCUCC